AUGAGUUCAAUCAAAGGUCCAUCCAGCGUUCAAUUCGAUGGCUCUAGUUUACGCAUCGCCAUCGUGCAUGCGCGAUGGAACAAGACUGUCAUUGAAUCACUCGUGGCAGGUACAAUCGACAAACUAAAAGCAUGCGGGGUUAAGGACUCCAACAUCAUCGUCCAGUCUGUCCCUGGUAGUUUUGAACUUCCUUUCGCAUGCUCGAAAAUGAUUGCAGGAUCUCAUGUUCAAGCAGCCACAUCUUCUGGCGAUCUGCUUGGGUUGAACUUCGGUGAUUCUUCGACGUCGCUUCCAUCCAACAAGGAACCUUCUGCUCCCACUUCAACACUUGGCUCUACGAUGCAUUUUGAGUAUAUCUGCGACAGCGUUUCUCACGCCCUCAUGAAGAUCCAGAUUGACACGGGUGUCCCUGUGAUCUUCGGCGUCCUAACAGCACUCACAGAGGAUCAAGCAUUGGAACGAGCUGGUCUCGGCAGAGGGGCAGAGAAGGGUCACAAUCACUGGCGAGGAUUGGGGACUUGCAGCAGUGGAAAUGGGAGCACAGAGCAAACGAUGGGCUGA